AUGGACGUUGCUGUCUUCGACCAGCUCAACUCUGUGGGAGUAGGUGUCUUAAUUCGGGACCACGAAGGAUCGGUGGUUGCUGCCAUUAGCAAACACCUUCCCUUACCGCUAGGUCCAUUGGAAGCAAAAGGGAAAGCAAUGGAUGAAGCUGUCACCUUUGCAUGGGAUAUUGGAGUUAGAGAUGUUGUCAUUGAAAAUGACUCAUGGAUAGUUUUCGACGCCCUCAAUAGAAAGAUCACUCCCCCAAUAGCCAUCGCAAACCUUAUUGAUGGUAUUCACCACAAGCUGCACUCCUUCAGAUCCACUUGUUUUCUCCACGUACUAAGACGCAGCAACAAACCAGCUCAUACUCUAGCAAGACAUGCCAAAGGAAUUAACAAUUUUGUAUGUUGGAUUGAGGAAAAUCCACCCACUAUUGAGUCCCUUGUGAUUUAG